AUGGCAGCUCUCGAAGAUCUUCCGUGGAUGUCCAUGGCACCCGCAUCGCAGCCGCAGGAUGGCCUGGCCGACUCCUCCCAACCCCCGACGAUCGCAGCCUUCUCUCCUUCCACGAUCGCAGGCUCGGCCUUGUCCUCGCGGCAGCGUUCCAGUGUGAUCGUGCAUCGCAAAUCCCCCCUGCUGGUGGCAACGCCGCCGGCCAUCACCAGGGCCCUCGCAUACUCCCACCCAUUCCUCCUCCCUCUGAAUAAGUUGGUCGGUCUUCUCACAUGGACAACGGGGGAUCCCUGGCAGAGCUUCUUGCUCGUGGCCACCUUUUGGACGGUGGUCUUGUAUAGCGAGGCGAUUAUUCUCUGGGCUGGUCCGGUACUCGUCGUGGUUGGCUUGAUCCUCGGCAUGUAUGGCCGUCGCUAUUCGCCUCUGUCGUCUACGACGUCAACGGGCGAAAAGCAUCGGCGCAAAGACUCGGCAGACGUUACUCGUCACCAGAAGAGUUUGGACGAUAUCGUGGAGACGUUGCGCACUUUUACAACCCGGUGCCAUAUCCUGCUUGAACCUUUGCUCGAUUUGACCGAUUUCCUAUCUACUCAGCAAACACCUACCUCGGCGACUACCCGCCCAGCCCUAACAGCCCUCUUCAUUCGCAUUCUUUUGGUUACCCCCGUUUGGAUUAUCUUGACCCUCCCUCCCUUCUACAUAAUCACCACCCGGCGCGUUGUCAUGUUCGUCGGAACUAUUAUCCUCACCUACCACUCGAGGCCAGCCCGCGUUUCGCGCGUCAUUCUAUGGCGUUCGCGAGCUGUGCGCCGCCUCGUUUCGAUGAUUACAGGCUUGUCAGUCGCAGACGCCCCUAAUACUAGUCAGAAAUCCGCGGUUCAAGGCAUGGGGUUGAAUAUCUCAACACGGCGACGGGGAAAUGCAAACGGCGUGAGAUUCACAUUCGUCGUGUACGAGAAUCAGCGCCGGUGGCUCGGUAUUGGCUGGACCUACUCGCUGUUCCCAGCCGAGCGUGACCCCUGGACAGAUGAGCAUCUCAACUCCGUUCCACCCAAGGACAAAUUUGAGCUACCGGAUGUGCAAACUGGAGAUGCCAAAUGGCGCUGGGUUGAAGGCAGCGAGUGGCGCAUUGAAGGGGGUGAUAACCCGGGCAGUGGGAAAUCGGAUCCCAAGGCCUCGAGCGAGGGAUGGAUCUACUAUGACAACAAGUGGAACGAUGGCCGCCGUGGACAAGACGGAUGGGACCGGUACACACGCCGGCGUAAGUGGUAUCGUGAUGCCGAGCUGGUAGACCAGCAGCAGGAUGGCCCCUCAGAAGCCGUCUCCAGCCUCACCCAAGCCCUAGAACGAGAAAAAGAGCAAGAAAAGGACAAAAAAGAAUCCGACCCGGAGACAAACAGUCUCUCCCCUCACACACCCCUGAAAGCUCGCCGUCGACGCUGGUUCAGCAGCAAAGACGGUAGCAAAGAGGGGAGCAAAGAGGGGAGCAAAGAGGGGAGCAAAGAGGGGAGCAAAGAGGGGAGCAAAGACCGCACCAGCAGCGUUAGCUCCUCCAUCGACGCAGGCCGCACGACCGGCGCUAGUUUUACAGAAGCCACUGGCGCUGCAACUGGAAGUGGUCGAGGCACGCCCGCACGGCCGAUCAGUAUCCAACAUUCUCGCAAGCCGUCACAGUACAGUGUUCGGGAAGGAAGUAUGGCGACGAGUGAUAGUGCUAGUACACGCGAGAAGGAUAUAGCCAAUUCGCACGAUCGGCACGAUAAAUGGAGUACUCGGGCUGCCGGGGGAACGGAACGCGCAGAGAGGGAAAUGGGACUAAGUGAUGAAGUGCAAAUGGCUUUAAGUUGA